AUGGCGACUCAAUCAACCUUUCCUCAACCUCCUUACCCUCUUCACGAUUCAGUGAAAGAUUUGCUGGACCCCGAGUAUGUUAAAUUCUACAACAAGUACCUUCUCAAUGUGCCGCAGGUACACUAUCAACCAGUUUCUGCCUCUCGUGUUGGAGGUCGGCUAAUCCCAGGCGGAACUGACCCAGUGCCCGUAGGGGCCACGACUGAUGUUCAGCUUCCCCGCAAGGAAUCUGCGGGACCUCCGGUUCCUGUGAGGGCCUUCAUCCCUCCAGGAACACCACCUCCUUCAGGAUGGCCAGUCUUCCUCUGGUACCAUGGAGGCGGCUGGGUAUUGGGAAAUAUCGACUCCGAAAACAGUCUCUGCACCAACCUGUGUGUCAGCGCAGAGUGCGUGGUCGUUACUACAGACUAUCGUCUGGCACCAGAGAGCCCGUUUCCUGCUGCAGUCCACGAUGCUUGGGAGGCUGUACUUUGGGUUGUUAAAGGUGCGGCGGCUCUCGCUUUGAGCACGACUCUUGACCUUUCCAAACUCUCCAUUGGCGGCUCAAGCGCCGGUGGCAAUCUCGCAGCCAUUAUGACACACAGAGCGCUCGUGCAUGAGGCGUUUAUUGGCCAGCCAGGCUUCAAAUACCAGAUCUUGGUAGUUCCCGUGACGGACAAUACUGCGUCCACUGAAUCAAGCCCUACAUACAAAUCAUAUGAACACACUGCGGCUUUACCGGCUGACAAGAUGCUGUGGUACCGACGUCACUACCUGCCAAAUGAGGCGGACUGGCUGUCGCCCGAAGCAUCGCCUCUUCAUGCCACUGUUGAAACAUUCUCCAAACUGCCACCUGCACUGAUCGUUGUCGCCGGCUUGGAUGUGCUGCGGUGGGAAGGAGAGGAAUACGCACGGAAGAUGAAAGAGUUCGGUAGUCAGGCUGAAGUAGCAGUGAUCGAAGGAGUGCCGCAUCCAUUUAUUGUCAUGGACGCAGUGCUACAAAAGGGCAGAGAUGGUGUGAAGCUGGUUUGUGAGAAGCUUGCGGAAGCUCUCAAGUAG